CCAUGAACUGAAAGCACACAUCCCAUCCGAUUCCUUCAAACAAAAAAUCCCAUAAAAAACCACUUUUUCCCCUACUUAUGAAACAAACAGUGUAAAGAAGAAGAAGAAAAUGAACUCUUUCAUUUGUUUUGUUUUACAAGCUUGGAAUCCGACAAGUUCCUGUGAAUUUUCCCGGGAAACUUCUCGUUUUCUCAGAGACUAUGCUGUUUGGGAAAUCAACGCUUUUCUAUGGAUUUCUCUUAUAUCCAUCACUUAUUUCCUCACUCACAGGCUGUUUAAGCUCUUUGAGUUGUGGAAUCAGGGUUCUAAAAUCCCAGGCCCUCCUUCUCCUUCCUUUUAUGGCCAUUUCACUACUCUCUCCAAACAAAAUCUCACAGAGGUAUUGUCAGAUUCACAUGGGGAAUAUGGUUCAAUCGUGAAGCUAUGGUUGAGUCCAAAUCAGCUUUUGGUUUCAAUAAAAGAACCAAAAGUCAUCAAAGAGAUGUUGUGGAAGGCUAAGGAUAAACUUCCCUUGACAGGAAAGGCUUUUAAUUUGGCAUUUGGACAGUCCGCCCUCUUUGCUUCCUCUUUUGAUAAGGUAGAAAAGAGAAGAGAGUCAUUGGCAUCUGAAUUGAAUGUAAAGUUGCUUGAUAGAGCAAAUUUAAUCCCGACCAGGGCUGUUGAUCGUAUCAUGGCUGAAUUACACCAGAACAUGGCCAAAGGACAUGUUGAUUGUAAAAUGGCUUCUCAGCAUAUGGCUUUCACUUUGCUUGGCGCUACAAUCUUUGGUGACACGUUUUUGGCUUGGUCAAAGGCUACUAUAUACGAGGAGCUCUUGAUGAUGGUUUCUAAAGAUGCAUGCUUUUGGGCCUCGUAUAGUGUUACUCCCUUCUGGGAACGAGGGUUUUGGAGGUAUCGGCAAUUAUGUACAGAGUUGAAAUGCCAAACUAGAGACCUUAUUCAAGAGUGCAGUAGAAAUUACAAGUUCAAUGGCCAUCUUAAUGUAAGAGAUGAACCUUAUGGAAAUAUUAUGGGCAUGCUGAUUCAUGGAUGCUUAACGAUGGGAGGUUUGAUCAGUAAUAUGUUGAUGAGGCUUGUUACACAUCCUGAAAUACAGCAGAAGAUCCGCUCCGAGAUAAUAAUGGCACGGAAAGGUUCAGAGGAAAAAGAUCUACUUAUUGUAGAGAAGAUGCCUUUAUUGUUGGCAACUAUCUAUGAGUCUGCUCGUGUUAUGCCAGCCGGACCUUUGCUACAGAGGUGUUCCCUGCAACACGAUUUGAGGCUCAAAUCUGGUGUAAUUGUACCGGUGGGAGCAAUAGUUGUUGUACCUGUGCAGUUGGUGCAAAUGGAUGAUUCUAGUUGGGGAAAUGAUGCCGAUAAAUUUAAUCCGUAUCGUUUUCUGUGUAAGACGGACGAAACAUCCCCUUCACUGAAUAUGGAUAAAUCCAUUGCAGGACAUGCUGAAGAACUGAAGGAUCAAAGGAAGAGUUCUUUCGUUUUGAAUGAUCCGAAUGAGAACACAGCUUUUCUUCCCUUCGGUUCCGGUACACGAUCCUGUGUUUACCAGAAAUUUGUCAUUCAAGGUAUCGCAACAUUGUUUGCCUCCUUGCUCGAACAGUACGAGGUGAGGCUUAAUCCAGGAUCGAAGACAAAUUCAAAACCGUCGUCAACCGACUCGAUUUCUCAAGAUUUUCUGGGUUACAAACUAGUUUUUGCUAGGAAUAAUUGAAAGUCACAACAUAUGCUUACAUACAUACAUACAAUCAUCCUUUGUUAUGUUUCCAGUUAUGUUUUUCAUCAUACAGCUUUUUGAUGGAGAAGACAUCCAGAUUCUCGUCGCCUUUUUCCUCCGAAAUGAUCGGAGAAGCUCAUUUCACUGCUUCGGAAACCCCGGGAUAAACCUCACAUGAGUAUAUUUCAGAACUCAUGUUUUUUUCAUUUUUUUUAAGAACAAGAAAAUCCUCAAUGGUUUCAAAUUUUCUCAAAAGUGCAGUGUCUGAUUCCAAGCAGUUUAGUAUUUGUUUUUGGAGCAGUUAGAGAUGCUGUUUGCAGUGAAAAGACUCUACCUCUUGUCUUCCCCAUCUCUUAAACUUUGGUCAUUUUCUGUGUUUUUCCUCCUCAAUGGAGUUUGUGCUGUACUGAAUGUUAUAAUGAUUUGGAAACUUGUAAUGAUAUAUAUGAAAUAAAUGAAACUUUU